CGCCCUUGCCCAGCGGAGACGGCGGGAGGCGCGCCCGAUUUCGGCCGCGCCACAGGGUAGGCUGAGAGGGUCUAGGGGCAGCGGCGCGCCAGCUUGAGGGAUCCCCGCCGAGCGGCGGCAACUGUGCCCGCAGGCUGAGAACGACUGGAGGAGGGGGCCGCGAGGCCGCGCCCAGGGAAACACAAAGAGAAUGAAAGAACUAGAUAAUCUUGAAAGUAUAAAAGAAGAAUGGGUUUGUGAAACAGGAUCUGACAAUAGUGAUAGUCGACAAAGGAGUUGUGAAUACUUUGUUGACAGUCUUUUCGAGGAAGCUCAGAAGGUCGGAGCCAAAUGCUUAUCCCCCACAGAACAGAAGAAACAGGUAGAUGUAAAUAUAAAAUUAUGGAAAAAUGGAUUUACAGUUAAUGAUGAUUUCAGAAGUUAUUCUGAUGGUGCAAGUCAGCAGUUUCUGAACUCCAUCAAAAAGGGGGAAUUACCUUCAGAAUUACAGGGAAUUUUUGAUAAAGAGGAGGUAGAUGUUAAAGUUGAAGAUAAGAAAAAUGAAGUAUGUGUGUCCACAAAGCCUGCAUUCCAACCCUUCUCAGGGCAGGGGCACAGGCUGGGAAGUGCCACCCCCAAAAUUGUUUCCAAAACAAAGACUGUUGAAGUUGAAAGUAAAAAUAAUUUGUCUGCUGUUUCACUGAAUAACUUGGAGCCCAUCACUAAUAUACAGAUAUGGCUAGCCAACGGGAAAAGAAUCAUCCAGAAAUUUAAUGUUUCUCAUAGGGUAAGUCACAUCAAAGAUUUCAUUGAGAAACACCACGGGUCUCAGAGAGCCCCGCCCUUCUCCCUGGCAACAGCACUGCCUUUCCUCAGAUCGCUGGAUGAGACGCUCACUCUGGAAGAAGCGGAUUUGCGGAAUGCAGUCAUCAUUCAGAGACUCAGAAUCACCGCCGAGCCUUUUAGAGAACAUUCGUAGUGUUGGUUCUGAGAGACUGGAAGCUGCAUAAGCUUGGUGGUUGGGAGUGGACGUGCAGGAGUGGGAGAAAAGAGGAGUCAGGUUUGCUGGACUUUGGACCUAGUGAUACUUAAUUCUUUGCUGAUGAGGGGACUUUUAAUAAUUACAACUUAGGAAAGUCAUGGAUGACUGGAAGGUAUAUUUGUCACUUUUUUCCAAACGGCUACUCAGAAAGAAAAAUACACGUAUUUUCAAAAUAUCAAUUAAUCAACAUAAAAUAAAUAACUACCUUUUGGAAUCUUAAUAUGGGUCAAGCAUGGUGGUGCAAGCCUGCAAUCCCAGCACGCAAAAUGCUGAGGCAGGAGGAUCACUGAGUUCAAGGCCAGCCUUGGCUACAGAGUGAGUUCAGGGAUAGCCACAUGGUGACAUCCUGUCUCAAAUAAGAGAUGGUAUAACUUAACAAAAAUGUUCACAGCAUUAGUAACUCAAAUAUUUCCAAACAAUUGAUAUUUAUCUAAACGUUAGCUAUCUCAGAAUUAUUAAAUAGUAACACAUUAAAAAUUAUUCAUUGCAGGUUAAAAGCAUCAAUGUAAUUAUCCUGUACCACAGAUAUAAUCAGAAGUCUGGCGUGAGUUGGGUAUGGUGGUGCAUGCCUGUAUUGUGAGUUCAAGGCCAGCCUGGGCUACAUAGCAAGGCCCUAUCUUAAAACAAGACAAAAAAAACUCUAGGAUGACCUGUUUUUACCUUAGCACUGUCCAAACCUCAAAGCAUUCUCAGUUUUCACUUGUGCUGGGAAGAUAUAUUCAAAUAUUUAUUAGCACCAGUUUAUAAGCUGUAUUUGCACAUAGGAGUAAAAUUGUGCAGUUUAGGAGAAUGUCAGUAUUAAUCUGCCUACUUAUCUUUUUAUACUUUCUAAAAAAAAUCCUCUCCAAGAACCCCAAUUCAUUGUUUCCCUCAGCACCUGAAAAUUGGGGAUUUAAUUUAGCUAACGUUUGGGAUUAGCCAUUCAUUGCUACCAUUCACUUAGAAUAUGAGAGUUCCCGUUUGUGUUCACUAACGGAUUAUACGUCCUGGUGUAACCAAGGAAAGUUUGCUUUGUAUAUUAGACUUUUAACAAAACCAGUCUGACUUCAGUCUUUCACUUAGACUAAAUCUCCCAGCACUUGGGAAGCUGAGGCAGGAAGGUCACUGUGAGUUUGACACCAGCCUACACAGAUGUCAGGGCCAGCCUAAACUUCAUAGUGAGACCCUUUCUCAAAAAAAAAAAAAAAAACAGGAAAAAAGAACUUGGACAUAAGCUUGAGCUAUCUUGCAAAUGAUCUCUUCAAUCAGAUUAAAAAUAAAGUAUACACUGAGUCUGCCAAGGA